GCAUCAUUUUAAAGUCCCCAGUGAAGGGUGGUAUAGUUAAACAGCUGUGGAAAUUCCUAGAUAUGGCCACCAGAUGGUGCUCGAGAACAAGCUACAGCACUGCAUAGAUCUUGUUGAUUUUUCUGUCUUUGCAGAUAUUGUUCCCCGGAGGACAAAGGAUGUCCACUGCCUGUAAUUUCUCGUGAUUUCAAUUUAGGUCAAUUUAAAGGGCCUAUUCAGUACAUGCUCUGGAGAGAGAUGUUCCUGGCUUUAAGACCUUUCCCCUCACAUAUAACUUUGGAUCCUGCCACCAACCAUCCCAACCUUGUGCUCUCCAAGGAUCUUGACACUGUACAUGUGGAAGAUAAUCCUGAGGAAGAUGUCCCUGAUGGUCCUGAAAGAUUUAGCAAGUCUGUAUGUGUGUUGGGUGCCCAGGGCUUUACUUCAGGAUGCCACUAUUGGGAGGUAGAAGUUGGGAAUAAAACGAGCUGGGAUAUCGGGGUGGCCAAUGAGUCAGUGAACAGGAAGGAGGCCAAGGUGACUGUCAAGCCCAGCAAUGGUUUUUGGGCCAUUUGGCUACGGAAUGGCAAUGAAUACAAGGCCCUUGACUCUCCCUCCAGGCAGUUGUUCCUCAAGACCAAGCCUCAGAAAGUGGGGGUCUAUUUGGAUUAUGAAGGGGGACAAGUCUCUUUUUAUGAUGCUGACACCAUGACCCACAUCUGCACCUUUCUGGAUGUCUUCUCCGAGCGCCUCUACCCCAUGUUUAGCCCUGGGGUCAACAAAGAUGGUCUCAAUGGUGAACCCCUCCGCCUCCUGUCCCCACGGAUCUAGCAAGAACUGUGUAA